GCCAAGGGGGACACCUGACUGUCGAAGUGAUUAGGAGCGAACGCGAACUUUGUUGCUCUAGUGCGGUCAGUGAUGAAGCAACGGUCGUCACAUCAAGCGAACAGACGUCGUACAAAGUAUCUGCCGCGAGGAUGGUGUUGCUGGGACAGAAAUGACGGCCAACGUCUGUUGCUGGUCGCAUCAAGCAAAGCAAAACAUGCGCCGCAGCCGACGAGCCACGAGCGACGUCGCAACGAGCUCGUUGCGAAGCGUCUGAUGUACCGAGAGGAGAAGGCUGCGAAAGCUGGCGCGGGUUGGUCGAAGCGCGGGCGCCAAAGCACCAUCAAUUACCAGCCAGCAUCGAGCUGCAGGAGUCAGGGACCCGCGGUAUUCAUUCUUGGAUUUGAUUUAGAAGUGCAACAAGGCGUUCCGUGCAUCGAGUUGCGCGACGGCCCGCGUCGUGUAAAGUAAUUGACACGUUCAUGUGCGCUCUUGAUGGUGCGUGUGACGUUUGCAAUCUGGGGUGACCGACUCCAUCCUCUUUGCGUGCUGUGUCCGUCUCAUCGGAUUGCAAGACCGCUUUGGCUGCGCCUGAUCCAAGUGUUCGUGCAGCCCGGAUGAGGCUAGAGAGCCUCGCAAGGGUGGAGAGACCGCAAAGGUAGCCGAUGCAUAGCCGAGACAGAAUAGCAAUCUAUUGAUUUCUGACCGUGUGUCAGCGCCAGGAGAACGUGAGUCAGCGGCUCUCUUUCGCAGAGGAUGGCGCCGCCACGGCGCUAGGUCGAGCAUUUCGGACGGAAGUGUGCUGCGGUCUGUUCUACUUGAGACGCGCGCAAGUGGAAGUCGUUGUUCUCUCACUUCGCAAAGACUCGAGACGUCAAGACUAUUGCCAGUUUAUGGGUCCAUAGCGGUGCUCCAUCGAGCGACGUACGUGCAAACGGUCCGCAUUCAUCGCUCGAUAGGCGCCCGACGAUUACCGACAUUGGGCAGAAGCACGACCAAUCUCCAUGGAAGACUCGCGAGUCUCAUCCAGCUGGCAUUCCCGCUCUAGCUGAUGUGCAGACACUAUCACUGUUCGGUGCAGAUUCAUAAAGCGUCCGUCUUGCCAAUGGCAGAGCUUCUCGUACUGGCACGAGUGUAUUUUGACACGGCAUCUCCUCGGUACGACUCGGGCUUUCUGCUUCCAACCCAUCCGCCACGUUUCCAUCGAGCUUCCUGCUUCUUACUGAACGCUCCCUCCAUAUUGG